AUGUUCUUCACCACCUCCCCAGAUGCCCUCUUCAUCUCCCCCAAAACAAUCGACCCUAUCGGCUUUGGCAAAGUUGCCAUCGUGACAGGUUGCAGCUCGGGUAUCGGCCUCGCAUGCACGCAACUCCUUCUAGCACAUCAGUACAUGGUCUGCGGUCUCGACGUUCGCGCGUUCGACUACUCACUCCUCCAGGAGUCGGACCAUGGCCGUUUUCACUUUCACCGGGCCGACCUCACGGAACUGAGGGCUUGCGAAGAUGGGGUUUACGCGUCGAUUGCGUCCUUUGGAAUCGACUUGCUUGUCAACGUGGCAGGCGUCAUGGACAACUUCAGCAGCGCCGACGGGGUUUCUGACGCAGAAUGGGAUAGAGUCAUGGCGGUCAACCUGACAGUGCCCGUCAAGAUGAUGCGGGCCGUGCUACCUUUCAUGAAGGAGAAGAACACCGGCGUCAUCGUCAACGUCGCGAGCACUGCGGGUACUUCAGGAGCUGUCGCUGGUAUAGCUUACACUUGUAGCAAACACGGACUGAUUGGAGCAACGAAGAACGUAGCUUGGCGUUUUCGUAAAGAGGGUAUCAGGUGCAAUGCCAUACUCCCUGGUGCCAUCAACUCGCGAAUAGGAAAGACCAUUGCCUCGGGACAAGUGAACGAGUUUGACCUCGAGGCGUACGCGCAGGUCGAGCCGAUUCAUGCCUUGCAUGCCCAGACUUCAGAGUCUUCGCCCAAUAUCACCCCUCUGGAAGUCGCACAUGCUGUUGUCUAUCUCGCUUCAGACCAAGCGAGAACCAUAAGCGGCGUAAGUCUGCCCAUUGAUCGAGCGUGGAAUUCCGUAUGA